UAAUGCUUUUGCUGCUGAAUGCAAUCAAAUCCUCACAGCAAUGCUCCAAAAUCUAGUAGAACUCCUUCCCUGACAGCAGAGUCACAUACUUUAACUCUUUUUUAAUUCCAAUACUUUUGUCUUUAUAAUAAAUGUAAAAAAAAAAAACUUGCGAUACAUGAUAAUAUACGUUAGUUAAUUAUACAAGCAAUAUAAACAUGUUGUAAAAACAUCUGGAUUUGUAGGUUAGCCCAUAUGGUGGAAAACACAGACACUAGACAUGCUCACUGGGAUGGUGUUUCCAACAGCAGACCCUGUCCAGCUGCAAUAGGUAUCAGAGCAAGUAAACACACGGGUUGCUAUUCAGCAGAAAUUCCAGGCCACGUGGCACACAGACGUGAUUUACUCCAACAUGGCAACCCAGUUGCUUGGGGCGAUCUGAUUGGCUCCCGCGCUUUUCAUGAGUUUAAAUCUUAAAAAAUUUACUCGGCUCCAGGUUGAUAGAGAACUGGAAGAUUUAUGUGAGAUAAAAAACACAACUGACAAGGAAACGACAUCUGUGUGCAGUUUUAGUUUCUGACUUGUGUACGAGGAGCAACACUGACUCAAACACAUCAUGGGCAAAAUAACUGUAAAACAGGAACGCAAAAAACGGGCAACCUCAGCGCAGAGCCUUUAUGAUCGACCUGAAGUCACCUGUGUUCCUGCGGAGGAGAAGGAGAACACUGAAGUUAGAGUGGUUCAACAUCAGUCUGUGGGAGGAAAUUUAACACCUCACUCUCCUGCCACUCUAAACUCAAACCUCUCAGCUUUCGGAGAAAGUCUCAUUUGUGCUCCAGCGUUCUGUAACAACAAAGUCGGAAGAGAUGUGAAUCUAUUUUUUCUUAAGGACAAUGUUCCAGUGACCCAGAGACCUGAGUGUGGAGUCAUUGAGAACAAAGCUGUAGUUCAGGAGGUGCCCUCUGACAGCGAUACUGUCUCAAAAACCAUUCUCAGGACUCCUAAAAAGCUAAAGAAAAACUCACAUACCAUUUUCAGACGAAAGAGAGGCAAAUGUACCAGACGUACCAGACUGGCUUUUGAUGAUGUCAAGGAUCUGCCAGACCUGCUCUCCAUUGAGGAGAGGAAGGACAUGAUCAUAGAUAUUGUUACUCCAUCAGAAGGACACAAACUGACCAGUGUUACUGGUGAGAUCACCGGGGCUCGAGUGACGGCAGACUACAACUGCUAUGAAUGUGGUGCUGCCAUCCGGCAUUUUAAGGCAAAAGCCUUUAGAGUCAAGUGUACUAAGUGCCAAAACAGCUGGAAGUGUGCCAAAGUCCAGUGCACAUGCAGGGCCGAAAUAACAAUUGAACUGUCCAGAGAUGAAAAGCAGACGGUGGUCUUGAAUGAUUCACUGUUGCGCUCGAUUAUGAGCUACAACACAGAGGGAUACUGUAACACGGACAAACUUGAGAAAAGGAUUCUAAAGAUGGAAAUCUUACAGGUGGACUUUGAGGACGGGGAACCAAAGAGGGUGCAAAAGAUUGCUUCAGAAUUAGGGCUGGGUACCGCAUAAAUUUUUUUCAAUACUGGUAACUUUUUGAUACUUUGGUUCGAUUA